CUGGAAUUCAGUUCUCACGUCCAGAACAACAGCACCAUCAGAUCUCAACUCCGACUUGUUUUCCUCUCGAGUUCCCGAAAGUAUUCCAUCCAGCGACAGACCUAGCAGAAGCUCAAAGCUACCCCACUACCCCGCCAACUCCCAUCACAACCAUCAACCGCUCACCACCAUGUCGCAUCACCACGACCACGGCGACAACUGCCACUCCGAGUCCCACGGCGACGACCAUGACCACGCCCACGACCACACUGACGACCUAACCCCCGCCCUCCAAAACAUCCUCACCGCACAAAUCGACUUCAGCGCGCUGAUAACCCUCAACGAAGACGCCUCCAACAGCGGGCGCGCAAUCUGCCAAAAGCCAUGGACUGAGCGCCUCUCCACCGCGCCGGAACUCGUGUCCUCGGCUGACGAGCAGCUGCUCAUGAUCGUGCCCUUCACAGGCCAAGUGCGGCUGCACUCGAUCCUGAUCCGCGCCUCGACCUCCCCCUCAUGUCCAAAGACGCUAAAGCUAUUUCUCAACGCGGACGGGGGUUUCGACUUCGACACGGCGAGUGACAAGCCGGCAACGCAGGAGCUGUGCGUGAGCCAGACGAAUGAUGUGCAGGAGAUUCCCGUGCGGCGCGUGCUGUUCAAUACAACGAGGAGCUUGGGGCUGUUCUUCGAGGAUAACUGGUCCGAUGGCGAGGAGGAUGAGACGCGGAUUACAUACUUGGGGUUCAAGGGGGACUUUUUAAGGCUCAAUAAGGAGCCCGUUAGUGUGUUGUAUGAGGCGGCGGCGAAUCCUAGUGAUCACAAGCUGGCGCAGGGGAUUGGGGAGGGGGUGGAGAGGAGUGUGCAAUAGGGUUGGGGAUUGAGAGAGAAGGUGAGUCGCAUAUUUUGCAGAGAGGUCAAGAAGAGCAUAGAGACGAAGUCUAAAGUAAUGGCAUGAUCGCUCAGACGCGUAGUAGCGUCCGUCACGCCC